CUUUAACUUUCUCUCUCUGAUUUUCUCUCUCUCUCGCUCGCUCUCCCUCCUCUCUCUCGCUCUCCCCCCUCUCGCCCUUCUCUCUCUAGACAUGUGGGGUCCCCCAGCUCACUGGAUGUCAAGUGGUCACCCUUAUGAUGAGAGGACUGUGUGGAACCCCAAGUUCUGUGUGGUCACCGACAGUCAGAUGCUGCUCCUGGACAAAGAGGAGAUCCAUCCUUUGUUGUUGCAGGAGAGGAGGUCAGAGUCGUGUCAGGUUCGGCUUCUACGACGCACCAUCAGCGUCCCUGUGGAAACCAACUUCCACAGCCCAGAGUUCCACAGCCAGCUGUCCACUGAGAGCGCAAUUAUGGGCACUGUCGUGUAG